AUGCAACCGCGAUUCAUCAUCGGAGGUAAGAAAUACGGAGAGUCGCAGCGCGCGCCAAAUGUACUGCCCUUCAGACGGCCCUACUCGCAAACGCUGCCGUCAAGCCAGCCCAGUUUCAACAUAGACGCGUCGCAAAACACCAAAAAACGACGUAUUGUGACCGGAGGCCUUCAGGAGUUUGCUGAGACGCUCGUCGGAGAGCUACAGGACACAUUGGCGUAUAUUCCGGACACAUACAAUGCUGUGUUUGUCAGGUGGAUCAACGACAACCUCUACGAGGCCGUGGUUCAGGACAAGAACGUGUUUGUCAUCACCACCACAGGCCAGCCGUCACUUAAAGUCAAGCCGUUUCCUGUGGCAGGUGGCGGGUUUUACGUGACGGGUUAG